AUGUUUCGAUUUACUUCGUUUAUAAAGUUUCACUCCUUUAAAUGUAAUGGAUAUGUACGAAAUUUUCAAUCAACAUCACGAAACAUUUUAACGACAAACCCAAUUUUCGAACCAGUUGAUUUAAUACAAUCAAAAUUUCAAUUAAAAACAAAAUAUUCGAAGGAAGAAAUUCGAUUACUGAAUGAUGCUGUAAAGGAACAUGGAAAGUCUUGGGAGCUUAUUUCCGAACAUUGUUUCUUUUCAACAAGAACACCAAGAUCAUUAUUAAUAAAGUGGAAUGAUUUAAAUAAGAGUUUCAAAGAUAAAGAAAUUUAUACAAAAGAAUGGACUGAAGAAGAAGAUAAUAUUUUAUUGGAAAAAAUAAUUGAAUUUGGAGUUGGAGAUUGGUCGAAAAUUUCAGAAUAUCUUCACACAAAAGAUAGAAAACAAAUUUGUAAAAGAUAUAUAAGGUUAUCAGCAAAAUCAUCCCAAAAAGGAGAAUGGACAAUUGAAGAAGAUCAUCAUUUAUUUGAUUUGGUUGCAAAAUUUGGUAAACAAUGGAUAACUUUUAGUCAAAUGCUUGAUAGACCGUGUUAUAAUAUCUCUUAUAGAUAUUUUUUGCUUACUAAUUCAUCUUGGACUCAUGACGCAAAUAUUAAAUUAAGGAAUGCUAUUUUAAAUCAUGGAGAAAAUUGGUUUGAAAUUUCAAAAUUAUUUCCAAAUAGAAAAUUAAAUAAUAUUAAGUUGCACUAUAAAAAGCAUCCAAAAUUAAAUCCUUUGAUUAAUGUAGGUAAAUGGAAGGCUUUUGAAAUUGAAAGGUUUGAAAUUGCUGUUAACAGAUUUGGAAAAAUCUGGAAGAAGGUUGCAAAGUAUGUUGAAACGAGGACUCCUUUACAAUGUUACACUCACUGGAAUUAUCUAACAAAAAAAAGUUACAAUAUAAAAUCUUAUUAA